AUGGCGAGAAAACAGUUGGUUUGUCUCCUUCUAGUUACUCUUUGGAAAUUUGUCUGUAUCAACGGCUCUCGAACAGCAACUAGAUACAAGUGUGCCAGCGGAUGGACCACAUCUAAUAACCAAAGAUGUUCUUAUGCAAUAUGUGAUGGAAAGACUACACUGACUGGGGCCUGUAAUCAAGCGCAGAUGAUUCCCACGAAAAUUGGAUUACAAAGGAUAGAAUCAGGGGGGCAAUGUAAUUCUCCAAAUAACUGUAUCAAUUGCAAUGAGUACUAUUACAACGAUGGGCCAAGAUGUUCAGCUUGUCCAUCUAUACAAAACUGCGCUGAGAUGCACUGUCAAGAAACUGCUGCCUCAACGAUAUGUGCUAACUGUGAAGGAGAAGUAAUGGAUCACCCAUAUUAUAGAGCUUACGUCAAAAGUGAUGAUCAAAAGCAGUGCCAGCAGGCUUGUUCUUGGCGGCCAGACAGUACAAGAUGUUUCCCAGGUCAUUGUGAUAGAGAACUCGCAGAUAGAUGCAACUGCACUAAAGGCUUUACUGGAAGACAUUGUGAACAAAUGACAGAAUAUGCAGAUAUUCUUGAAAACCUCUUUAAGCUAAAACACAAUCACCACGUGUUGACCAAUCCCUCACACUCAGUAAACCCUGGACCCCAUCCUGUGGUUUGGUCCAACUACAAAGACUGGACUCUUGUAGAGACAGUAUGGAACGCCAAAUAUGUAAUAAAAGAGAGACUGCAUAUAGAUGAAAAUCAUUAUAUUCGGCAGUUUGUUUAUGGCAUCAUAGAUGCGUCUACUAUUCUAAAUUAUACAUAUACUAUUUUGGAUCCCGUGAAUACCACAACAGAUUCAAUGGAUACAAUGGACCAAUUUAAUUCAUCAGCGGAAUUAUAUUCUACAGCAGAAACAGUCUUCAAUAUUACUUACACUCAAAGAACGUCUCAGAUAAGUGGUGUGUACAAAUGCCCCGAAGCAUCACAUGCAAAACCAGCAACGUCUUCAUUUCAAUGCAAAAGAAAUUUUUCUCUGGAAUCUGCAUCGAAACCUUUCAACUUCAGCACUGGUGAUACAAUGACAUUCACUAUACAGGCUACAAUAGGAGGGCAUCUUGUUAUGGAAAAUCGAGAACAAAAUAGCAAUGAAACCCAUUAUCUGGAGGGAACCACCAAAACUUUACAAUAUGUUUUUCGUUGGGACUUUGUUCCCCCUUACCAUUGUUUAGAAAAUAUGACAAUAAAUGGUGACUGUAGAGAUCCUCUUGUUGUACCCGACCUGACAGAAAAUCCCAUAAUCACAAUAACAUGGAACGGCUGGUAUGACGACCUCUCAGGAAUUAAGGAAUAUCAGUAUGAAAUACAGACCAUAUCCAAUAGAAAUAAUGUAUUGCAAGAGGAUGGACCUCUAGUUAACAACGGAACUGGAAUCAUUAAUCUUAAUGAAUCAUUUAAAACAUUAAGAUUGCCAGGAUCUGCAGGACUCUUCUCUAUCCACUUGACAGCUUAUGACAACGCUGGAAAUUAUAAAACAGCAAGGUGUUUUGUUCUGUACGAUAAUGACUCUCAUGUCUCAUACUACCCACUCCAUGUAACACGUGUCAAAAGCGCAUCUGAGAAAACGAACUACACGUGGGUGGUUGAUGACACAAAGAUUGUAAAUGUACAAUGGACCAAAAGAUUUCGGAAUAUUCUACAUGACCAUAACAAAUGGCUUGAUGAAAUUUCGCCGAGUUAUGGAAUUACGAAGAGUUACGAUGAUUACUCUGGACAGCGAUCCGUUACUAAAAUCAACAAUAUUAACGGAUGUGUGGAUUUUAAGACAGAAUACUCUGUUUAUGAUGGAGAAAGCUUAAAAGAUUCAAGACCGUUAUCUUCAGUGAAUGACAUAUCCACUGAGUCUGAGUUACUAACAAUGAACUGGUCUGAUGGCAACAAGGCAGUCAUUACAGUUGUUGCUGUAGACAUUUUUAACAAAACCUUAAAUGACACUGUCACAGUUUACCGUGAUGCCUCGCCCCCGGUUAUAGAGAACCUGUGGUUAACACGAGGGGACGUGUUAAACGUCAGCGUACACAGACUGGAGGAUUUCAGGAACAUGACAAUUGAAUGGUUGGCGUAUGAUUAUCACAGUGGCAUGGAAAGCAUCUACUGGAGAUUGUAUGAUAAUUUUACAGGAAAAAUUAUUCUUCAUGGCCACGAAGAUUUGUUUGCCCAAGGACCGUCUCAAGACUUUGCAGAAUGCGUUCAAACAUAUAGAAAUUAUAGUAGAGGACCCAAAUGUUACCAAACAAAUUAUUGGGGAGCUUAUCAUCGCCAUUUUCAAGUAAAACUCGAAGUAAAGAGAGAUGGUGGACUCAUUCCUGGCAAAGAGAUUGUAGCACAUGAUUCUGAUUAUUUCCUGGAGGUUAAUGCAACAAACAAAGCUUUGUUAUCUACAGUCCUAACGAAGAAGAUAACAAUCGAUGUUUCACCUCCACACACCGGAAAUGUACAAGACGGAAUUAUAGGAACUAGUGAGGUGGACUUCCAACAAAGUAAAACACUGAACGCUCACUGGGACGGCUUCUUUGACAAAGAAAGUGGUGUCCUGUUUUAUGUCUAUGGCUUUGACACGGAACCAAUACCUGCAGAUGCUUUUCAGUUGGAUUCCAGUAACCCUCUUUUAAAAGAAACAUAUGCAACGUAUGCAACUCACACAGUCGCCACUGAGGGGAAGUAUUACGUUUGUGUUGUCGCGUACAAUAGAGCUCUAGAGCCUUCUAAACCGGUCUGUUCUGACGGUGUUACAGUGACUACUGAGGUACCUGUGGUGUCAGAGGUGGACAUUAGUAGUGCUCACGUCAGGGAAAGUAUAGUAACAGACAUAGGAAGAACAACAUAUUGGUUGGUCAAUAGAAACCGACACAGAAUAUUAAUUGCUAAUCCAACAAAAGAUUGCAUGAGCAAGGCCGUACCAUUAUCUGACGUGGACAUCUUCCCCGUUAAAUACCACAAAAAUGGUUCAUAUAUUAAAGUGAAUGGAUCAGUGUUUUGUUCAAAUACUUCAAAAACGUCCGGCAUAUCGAGCCCUGUAUUGUCUAAGUCAUCACAUAUCAUUCUGACCUGGUCCGCCAAUGAAACAGACAUCCAUGAUUACGAAGUUGGCUUAUCCUCAGUGGCAGGAAGCAGAGCUCCAGAUAUACUAUUCUUCAGAUCUACAAAGCAGCACCGACAUAUUCACCUGAUGCACACUGAUUUACCAGAGGGGGAACCUUUUUAUUUCAUUAUAAAAACCAUCAGCAGGUCCAAUAUUGAAGGCAUACAGUCCAUAGGGCCUUGUUUUGUUGAUAUAACGCCGCCAGUGUUCUCUCCACCAAUACAAAUUAAUUAUCACAAUGGACAUCUAAUAGCCUUUUGGAAUUCAAGCAGUUUUACAGAUGCAGAGGAUCCUUUUCUUCCUACUCUUCACUGCGCUGUCGGUCAUACACCCAGGGGCACACAGAUUCAGAAUUAUUCACCACUAAAGCCAGGUGGUAGCUGUACUCUAACAGAACCACCAACAUGUACUGCUAUUCUUAUAAAUGACGCAGAGUGGGCACUGCAUGGUAACCACACAUACUACAUCACAAUAAAAGCAGAAAACACCGCUGGUCUCCCUGCGUUCGGUGUUUCAGAACCUUAUAUCCAUAAUGUGCAGCCUCCAUCAACUGGAAUUGUCAUGGAUAUUGAGGAAAUAGAGGAUAUUGAUUACACGUCUUCCAAAAAUAGCCUUUCUGCGAGAUGGACAGGAUUUUCUCAUGCAUACCUUGAUGUAACCUACAGCUUUCGAGUUGGAACAUCACCCGGUGCUGCAAACGUUGUUCCACAAAAAGAUAUUGGAAAGAAUAAUUCCCAUACCGAGAAUGGACUUUCUUUGGUAUUUUUCAAGACAUACUACGUUACCAUUACUGCUGUGACGUCAGCUGGAAGCGUUGAGGUGACCUCAGAUGGAAUAACAGUCGUGCAAGAGAACGCCUCUUUGUCUGGUAUAUCUGUCUUUGAUGGAGAACCAUGUAAUAUGUCAGGACGAAGCACUACUCAAAGUGUACUUCAUCACGACUGGGAUAUAAGCGUAAAUUGCACGAACGAAACAGACUUUCAGUCAUCUACUGACACUUUGCAUGCUUACUGGACAAUUUCAGAAGAAACUUUAUUCUUCGCACCAGAUAUGUACUAUUCCAUCGAACGAAAAUCCCCGUAUGGUGAUGAUUGGAGUGUCUUUCAAGACUACACAUACAACCAUGCUCAUCAGGAAGCCCAUGUUACUGGACUCUGGUUAGAACCUGGGAAAAUGUAUCGCUUUGUAUUAAAACUCUGUGCUGGGAAGAUAUGCUACUUGCCGACACAUAGCAACGGCAUCUUUAUUCUUGCUAAUCCACCCGAACCUAGUAAGAUAAAAGUUGUGCACGAAAAUUCCUCUUCAACUGAAAAGCUAAACGUUACCAUGGACAUGUUUAGGGAUCCGGAUAUACAAAUACUAACUGAAAAGUACGACGUUAUAAAUAGAUAUGAAUGGGCCAUAACGGACCAAUCGGAUGUAGGGAGACUGCACACCACGUGGCAUGAACUAACAGAUUUUGAAGUCAUACCGGGGAAGUACAAAAUUGAAUUUACAAUAACAUUGUCCGGGAAUUUGGAUUUUUCAAAAUGUCGUCGAUUAACAGUGAGGGGGUAUAACAAGGCGGGGCUAUCCUCUACAGUCUCCGGUGAUAUCAAGGACUGCAGUGAUCCCCUGCUGAUCACACCUAACAUUGUCAUUGAUGCUGUGGGACCACGUGAUCCGAGCAGAGAUGGAUAUGGAGAACCAAUUUUAUUGCAAACAAAUGCUACAUGGCCAUAUCCUGACAUGGACUAUACACCUAACAAGAACUACAUAUCAGCUGUAUGGCCUAGUCUUCGAUAUAUUGCAUACACUGUGGCUGUUAUUAAGGUCCAAAAUAUAAAUGUCACAACUUACUACAAACCCCCGACUUCUCUGUCACUUGCUGAUCCCUGUAGUCAUCCGGAUUCUAUCAGCUGUGCUGACACCGAUCGCGAAUUCAUCAAUGUAAAGUUUAGAGAAGGUGAACUUGAGCAUGGCCAACGUUAUAUAGUAUGUAUUCAUACGGACCAUACUGAAGUACACCACGAACAAUCUAGUCGAGUUCUACCAGAAAUAAAUGCAUGCAGUGACGGAGUCGUAGUUGAUCUCACUCCUCCAUCAGUGGGUAAUAUUUGGAUUGGAAGACGAGGACAAAAAUACCAGACAUCUACAACAGACAUAUAUGUAACAUGGGAUUCAUUUAAGGAUGUUGAAGAAUUUCAGACUACCUCCCAUGCUACUGGAGUGAAGAACUACGAACUAGGAAUUGGCACCUCUUUUGGUGGGAAUGACAUUGCUGCAUUCACAGAUGUUGGAGUUGUCAAUCAUAAAUCCAUACAUGGUCUUACCUUACAAAGUGGUCACAAGUACUAUGCCACAAUCACAGCAACUGAUUUUGUCAAUAGAACAACUACUCUAACAUCGUCUCCAAUCAUUAUUGAUACCAGUCCUCCCUUAAAAUCUAACAAUCCUAUCACUUUAACUGGACGCCAUAUCACAUCUGUCUCGGAAAUCGAAGCAUGUUGGAAGAAUGUUUUUAGUGACCCGGAGAGUGGUGUACAUUUCUACAUGUGGUCUAUUGGUUCCCAACCCGGGUAUUCUGACGUAAUGGAUUUCAUCCGUGAGGAUACUGAAUGUGGAAUGAAUGAUAAAAAUCACAGACUUUAUAUCAAGGAAGGACAUGCAUAUUAUAUAAAUGUCAAGGCCUUCAAUAAAGCCCGCCUGGUGUCACUAGCGACCUCCUGGGCCUACAUAGUAGACCUUUCACCUCCUGUUGAGGGUUACGUGUUUGAAAAUUCACCUUCAGGAAGUAGUAAAUUUGAUAUAGAUUACCAAACAGAUAUGUCCAAAUUAAAGGUAUUCUGGGAGGGGUUCCAUGACCCACAUUCGUCAAUCAAAGAAUUCUUUGUCACCGUUGGAACUUGUCGUCGGUGUGAUGACGUCAUCGGACGUCAAAGUGUUGGCCUCGUGACUGAACUGACAGUAGAUUAUGUCCAUUUUGGCUCGGGUUUAACGUACUACACGUCAGUAACAGCCUGCAACACUGCAGAAUUUUGUACCACUGCUGUAUCUGACGGCGUCAUCAUGGAUAAUAGUCCUCCAAUUGUGGGAGUGGUUACAGAUGGGACAUCCUCAAACGACUUAGAACACCAGUCAAUCAAAAAUUGGAUUGGUGCCAAGUGGCAUGGUUUCACUGAUCCACAGUGUGGAAUAUCUCAUUAUGUUUGGUGGGCUGGGACCACGCCUGGGGGAAACGAUAUUCUUCUGGAAAAAGAAGUUGAUUUGGUUGAAGAGGCAACAGCUUAUAAUUUAUCACAGGAACUUCCAUUAUCAAAACGUAUCUACGUAACAGUUAGAGCAUAUAACAAAGCGGGAUUAUUUGCUGAUGGUAUAUCUAAUGGAUUUUUUAUUGAUGAAACGCCUCCGAAAAUAACAAAUGGGCCUAAACUCACAAACGGUUCCAAGCUGGUUGGAAACACACAGGUAUACAGAUCACUUGUAAAGAUCGAGUGGAACGUAGCAGACCCAGAAUCACAUGUUGAAACACAGUACCUGUCACUAAAAUCCCAUAUUGGCGGUGACUUUAGGUUGUCUUCUACUCAGGUAAAUGGUAUUGCACGGGAUUUCGUUCUCAGUGGACUUAGUCUGCAUGACGGAGUCGCAUACUUUGUCACAUUAAUAUCUUGUAAUGAAGCUCAUCUGUGUUCUUCGAGUACCUCUUCUGGGAUUCAAGUGGAUAGUACUCCUCCAAGUGAAGGUACGUUUGCGAUACAGACCGACCAUGCUGUUGACAUAGAAUUAAGCCGCCAUAUAUCUGGUUUUAUGACCUGGACGGAAUAUGAUUUGAACCUUGCCUGGUUAGGAUUCUCGGACGCUCACUCAGACAUCUCACACUACUUUGUCAAUAUUGGUGCAUUUUACAUGGGAGACGACUUAAACGCUGAGUCUGGUGUUCCAAAGAGGGUAAACCAUAGUACAACAGGAGUCGAUAAAUACGACGAAGGAAGGAUUCAGGCAUACAGAAUUUCUACUCAAAAUCUAUCUGCAUAUGACAAAUUGUAUAUAAGUUUGUGGGCCGUAAACAAGGUAGGACUUUCAAGUCCUAUAAUUCACUCAAAAUUUAAGAAGUUGCCUGGUGGAGUUCUAUCAUUAGUGAGGCGAUGUGAGGCUGAGGAAUGUGAAGGACAAUGUCUUUGUGCUCCUCAGGACAAAGUUUGCCACCAUAAUGAUUCCUUCUGUAAUGACGUCACAAUUGGGAAUAUUAAUAACCUGAUUAAAGUAACUGACGUGACUUCUGGGGUAUCGGAUUUAAACUUUACCGCCAGUAAUACUGUGUUGCAAGGCCGUUGGUCCAUAGUAGAUGGACAAGGCAGUCAGCCAUUUAUGUACCAGUGGAGCGUUGGUUUUACAAAACAUGACGUUCCAUUUGGAAUAUUUGAUCCUCAGAACGAUAUUGUGUGGAACAACGCAGGACAAAACAAAUUUAUUACUUAUAUUACAGACCCAGGUAAUUAUUUAACAGAGGCCGUCUCCUAUUCUGUAUUUGUAAGAACCUGGUAUAACAAAACCACGUAUGCCGUCUUCAAGUCAAAAGGAGUCAGUAUAGGAUCGGCAGAACUUACAGCCUUCAAUGUUUUAGAAAGCAGAAUAACUGAAACAAUGAUCGGAAGUACAUUGAAUGACGAUGAUUUUGUGAAGAGUGGCAUUGCAUUAAUGGUGAAUUGGACAAAUAUGUUUGCAGACAAUCAGGAUUCUAUAAAAUCCUACCAAGUUUACAUAAGCACAACGCCAGGAGGCUAUGGUGUUUGGGACACUGGAGAAGAUAUACCAAACACAGAGACCACAUACUUGAUUAGUAGACUCUCACUGUCCCCAGGAAUUCAGUACUUCACAAAUGUCAUAGUGUACGGCUUCUCAGGUGUCCACCACACUGAAUCCUCUGACGGAUUCAUAAUUGAUGAUGACAAACCAAGAUCCGGAAUAGUUUGGGAUGGAAUAGGUUUACAUGAUCUGGAGUAUCAAAAUUCCUCGACCUCACUUCAAGCCAGAUGGCAAGGAUUUUUAGACACAGUCUCCGGGAUAAGGCAUUACUUUUGGUGUGUAGGUAACACGACCACAAUCUCACCAAUACACUCCAAUACUGAAUGUAAUGUUUGGGAUUGGGAAAAUGUUGGAAUUGAAACUUCAGUUUCAAGAAAACUAGCUGAAGGAUUGGCUAACGGGAAAUUCUGUUACAGCAAAGUAUAUGCCGUGGACAAUGUAGGAUUCAAAUCUGAUAUAGCGGUGUCCGACGGAGUCACUAUCGACACUACUCCACCACAACCUGAAUACCUGUAUCAUACCGACAAAAAUCUCCUGCUGAAUCCUUCCUUUGAAAUAUCCAGAAAUUCAUUGGCAAUUGAAAAUAUUAAUGUCCAAAACAUCUGUUCACUUGGUAAUGACUUCAUUCCGGAUAACUGGAAUCUGACACAUGGCAGUUGUUCUGUCGUUGUAUCAUCUCUGAAGAACUUUGCUAGAGAUGGAAAGUCAUUUCUUUUUGUAAGAGGCACCGUUAAGCAAGUAAUUUAUGGUCUUAAUAUUGGAGAACUUUAUCGCGUCAUCUUCUUUACUAGCCAUCUUCCAAUGCAAGUGGCAACCAUAACCAAUAAAGAAGUGUUUCUAAACAUUGGAAAAAAGAAACACGUGUUUCUUUUGUAUUCAAAGGCUUACAGACAUGAUGAUCAAGAUGUAUCAGAAACUCGUGAAAUUGUUUCUUGGCAAAAACAUAGCUUCUAUUUUACAGCAGAAAAUGAGAACACUGUUUUAGAAAUUGCCAGCACAGACAUAAAGACGGGUCUGUUAAUCGACAACGUUACACUGCAAAGUGUAGAAAGGAACCUUAAGAACAGUACUGACUCUCAAAUAUCUUCUCACGUCGUGUAUGUACAUCAAUGGGGUUCCAUAUAUGGAGCCUGGAGUUUCUUUGAAGAUGUUAGCCCUAUUAUGGAAUAUCAAUGGGCGAUAGGAUACACAGAGGGUGGAACAGAGAUCCAAGGUUUUAACAGCGUUGGGAUGAACAAUUUUGGAAUAAAUACAAAUGUCAUCCUUGUCCACAACUCAUUUAUAUACGUGACAGUAGUUGCCACGAAUGCCGUCGGCCUACUUGGCAUAUCAUCUGCUCCUAUUCUUGUUGAUUUGACGCCACCUGAUAUUUAUAACGUGAAUGACGGCAGACUGUGGUAUGAUGAUGAAGAUGCUUGGAAAGAUAAUAAAGUUAUCGUAAAUUUUGCAAGGAACGACGAGGAAUCGGGAAUUCACUAUUGCGAAUGGGCAAUUGGCUAUCAGCCACAAGGAACAGAUUUACAGACAUUCGAAAAAUUGCCAUACAGAGAAACCUUUGUGGUUAAAGAUUUCGACUACAGUGUACUCGAAAAUAGAACCAUAUUCUCUACAAUAAGAUGUCACAAUCGUGCCGGAUUGUCAGCUUCUAAAUCCUCCGACGGCGUAAAGAUUUUAGUUUAAAAAUCACAAGUCGCAAACUGUUAGCUACAGCAAGAAUUUAAACAAACAAUAUAUAAUGAAUAAGCAUACUUGGAGGACGAUCACCUUUAUAAACUUAUGUGCACUGAAGCACGAGCAAGACACCAAUCUACCUUGUAAUAGUAACCAUUAAUGAUAUAAAGUCUAUAAACUAUAUUAUUCAAUGUAGUAUUA